AGUGCAGUUGAAUUGUUGAAAAUGAAGUCGCCUCGGAGAUAGAAGUUCAUUAAAAUUUCACUGAAGUAACGACAUUUGAUAUCCACGGUGUUGUGCGGAACACCGGAAAAAAAACAGGUGACUAAGCGAGACAUUGCGAUGGAAUCAGUAUCGAAAGAAGAUGCAAAACAGUGCUUUGCCGAUGACGAACAAGAAAAGAAGUUAGACGAAGAACAGGAGAAGGUGGCCUUUGUGAGGUGGAUAAACAAAAGAUUGAAGAAUGAUCGAUAUCUUACAAAAAAUUACUUUAAAAAGUUCCUGCCUCUCAAGGAGGAAGGUGAUCACUUCUUUGAUAUGAUAAAGGAUGGCAUUCUUCUCAGUAAGUUGAUAAACGACUCAGUUCCUGGCUCAGUGGACGAGAGAGCCCUGAACUAUCCAAAAACUAGACCGCUCAACUACUUUAUGAUGCUGGAAAAUCAGAACUUGGUCCUGAACUCGUGUGUUGCCAUAGGUUGCCGCAUAGUUAACAUCAAACCUGAAGAUAUGGUUGACGGAGUUAAACAGUCCCAGCUGAACGUAGUAUGGCAGGUAAUUAGAGCCGGACUGAUGGCUCACAUCAACCUGAAGAGUUACCCCGGACUUAAGAUAUUGCUCAAUGAGGGAGAAACUGUGGCUAAGUUAAUGGCAAAAACUCCAGAAGAUCUCCUGGUACGAUGGGUAAACUUUCAUAUGAGGAGGGUGUGUGACCACAAACAGAUCAAGAACUUUUACAAAGACAUACAGAAUGGGGAGGCUUACACCUACCUGUUCACCGCUAUCGCACCUCAAGACACCGACCUUCUUCCUCUCAGGGAGACUGAUUUAGAAGACCGAAUGGACAUGCUCCUUGAAUACGCAAGAGAUCUUGAUGUAUUAAACUUCGUGACUCCCCGAGACAUCAUCAAGGGUAACAUCAAGCUGAACACGGCGUUUAUUGCUCAACUUUUCAACGCUUUUCCGUCCUUAGAGGUAGAUGAUCAAGAAGACCAAAUUGAUGAUUUUGAUGAAAUGCAGUACAACGAUCAAACAGAAAUGUUCUUUGAAGAAACUAGAGAGGAAAAGAGUUUCAGACAUUGGUUGAACAGUCUCAACUUCACACCGUACGUCUCUUACCUUUACGAGGACCUAAAAGAUGGCUACCUCCUAUUACAGGUUUUCAACGUUUUGAAGCCAGGUAUGGUGAACCAGGACGAGAUAAACGUCCCUCCCUUCAAACCUCUCCAACAAGUGUACCACGCAGUGGAGAACUGUAAUUAUUGCAUCACGCUGGGAAGUGAGCUGGGAUUUGUACUCGUCGGAAUAGAGGGUAACAAUAUCUACGAGGGUAACAAGUUGUUGCUGUCCCUUCUCUGGCAGAUGAUGCGGUAUUAUACUCUAUCUCUUAUGACGUACGGUGACAGUGACAAGAAACUUACUGAACAGGAAGUCAUCGAGUGGUGUAACAAGAAGCUGAAGGAGGACAAGGUGAAGAAAGGUCGCCAUGUUUUCAGGAACUUCAGGGAUUCUACUCUGACGAGCAGCCAGGCAAUGUUGGAUCUGAUAGAUAUCAUUCAACCGGGGAGUAUAGGCUAUGAUAUGGUGGCAGCGGGGAUUACUCCUGAGGAUAAGUUGGAGAAUGCCCGUUACUGUUUAACUAUGGCGAGAAAGAUUGGAGCUACAGUAUUUGCACUGCCCGAGGACAUUAUUGAGGGCAAUAACAAAAUGAUAGGACUUGUUUUCGCUAGGCUGAUGAAAGUUGGUGCCAACCUGUAACAUAAUCCUGGAAUUUUCAUAAGGAAAGAUGAACUCUUCAGGCGAACGCUAUUUCGUCACAUCCUCUGCUUGAAUAAUGGACAAUAUCUAUCAAUUCGAAUUACGAAUGGAGCUUUUUGUUUACAAAUCGGGGAAUUGACUGCUGUCCUGUUUGGAACAAUGUUAAUAAUAACAAUGUAAAAAGGGCGUUUAGUAUCAUAUUGGGAGCCGUGAUAUCAGUUACAAAUUAAGUUAAUUUGUAUUAUCUGAACUCGAAAGUAAGUUGUCGUGAGUAUGCGAUUGCUGUGUUUCAUGUUUUUUGUAGACACGUGCAAGGUUAAGAAAUUGUUUAGAUUUAAGCUGUUCUGUUAGCUUUCAAAUUUAAAAUAUCUGUAGACUGUAUAACUCUUAUUCAGAAUUUGAUAAGAUAAUACAAUUACAUAUAUUCGAUCUGUCAAUAUCAUGAUAUAUUUUAAAUGACUUAAAUGCAAUGCUUAAGUUUUC